GUCCGUAUCCGUGUUGGUGUCCGUUUUAGUGCAACCUAAUUCUUCACUCCUCAUCUGUCUUCCCUACACCGCCAUAUUUCACAGCUCUCCAAAACCGCCAUAUAGCAACUAUAACUACGAGUACACUGAUACAUUUUCAACGUUUCUUGCUUUUCUGCGUCUCCUUUGCCAGGAGGGAGUCAUCAAAUUAGAGCGAUUUUCGGUUAUUUAGAGAUUAGGGUUUUCGGAAUUAGGGUUUUCUGGAUUAGGAAAAAUGGACCCAGAAAUUGCAAAGGCUCAGGAAGAGAGAAAAAAGAUGGAGCAAGAGUUGGCUUCACUUUCAUCUCUGACUUAUGAUACUGAACUUUAUGGAAAUAAUAAGAGGGAGGAUUACCUUACAUCUAUUCCGGUUGAUGAUAAUGAGGAUCUGGCCGAUGGGAUGGAUAAUAAUGAGGUUGCUAGGAAAUUGGCGUCUUAUACGGCUCCAAAGUCACUUUUGAAGGAUAUGCCGGGUACUGGAGGUGACGUUGAUGAUGGGUUUAGGAAGCCAUCCAGGAUUAUUGAUCGUGAGGAUGAUUACCGUAGAAGGAGGCUUGAUCGAGUUAUUUCUCCUGCAAGGCAUGAUGCUUUUGCAAUGGGUGAUAAGACACCAGAUGUUGGUACAAGGACUUAUGCUGAGGUGAUGAGGGAUGAGGCGUUGAAAAGAGAAAAGGAGGAGACAUUACGUGCGAUUGCUAAGAAGAAGAAAGAGGAGGAAGAACAGAAGAAACUAGAUGACGAGAGAGGUGCUGCUGGUGUUGCUGCUCAAGCUCAGGCUGGUCAGAAGAGGAGAAACAGGUGGGAUCAGUCUGAGGAUCAGCAAACAGAUGGGAGCGAAGUCAAGAAGGCUAAAUCUUCAUCUGAUUGGGAUUUGCCUGAUUCUACCCCUGGGAUUGGUAGAUGGGAUGCUACUCCAACGCCAGGGAGACUUGGAGAUGCUACGCCUUCUGUUAGGAGGAAUAGGUGGGAUGAGACACCGACGCCUGGCCGUGUAAAUGAUUCUGAUGCUACGCCAGCAGCUGGAGGGGUUACUCCUGGUGCUACUCCAGCUGGUAUGACGUGGGAUGCCACUCCAAAACUUGCAGGAAUGGCAACUCCGACACCUAAGCGUCAGAGAUCCAGGUGGGAUGAGACUCCGGCAACCAUGGGCAGUGCAACUCCUAUGCCCGGGGAAACCCCCAAUGUGGCUAUGACCCCUGGUGUCACUCCAGUUGGCGGACUUGAUAUGGCUACACCCACUCCAGGGCAGAUUAAUCUGCGAGGCCCUCUUACUCCCGAGCAAUAUAACUUGAUGAGGUGGGAGAAGGAUAUUGAGGAGAGGAACAGACCUUUGACGGAUGAAGAACUUGAUGCCAUGUUCCCAGCUGAAGGUUACAAGAUCUUGGACCCACCAGCUACAUAUGUUCCUAUUCGAACUCCAGCAAGGAAGCUUCUUGCCACACCUACUCCAAUCGGUACUCCACUUUAUCAAAUACCGGUUGAAGAUAGAAGUCAGCAGUUUGAUGUGGGGAAGGAGCCUGCUAAUGGAUUGCCAUUUAUGAAACCGGAGGAUUAUCAGUAUUUUGGAGUGUUGUUGAAUGAAGAAAAUGAGGAAGAGCUUUCUCCAGAAGAGCAGAAGGAAAGAAAGAUUAUGAAGCUGCUGCUGAAGGUGAAAAACGGUACACCUCCUCAGAGAAAGACUGCGUUGAGGCAACUCACUGAUAAGGCAAGAGAAUUGGGGGCUGGCCCAUUGUUUAAUCAAAUUCUUCCUUUGCUUAUGCAGCCUACUUUGGAGGACCAAGAACGACAUCUUUUGGUGAAAGUUAUAGACAGGGUGCUAUAUAAGCUGGAUGAGCUUGUUCGGCCAUUUGUUCACAAGAUUCUUGUGGUUAUUGAGCCUCUUUUGAUUGAUGAAGACUAUUAUGCUCGUGUCGAGGGGAGAGAGAUUAUCUCAAACUUGAGUAAAGCUGCUGGGUUGGCUACCAUGAUUGCUGCCAUGAGACCCGAUAUUGACAAUAUUGAUGAGUAUGUGAGGAAUACAACUGCAAGGGCUUUUAGUGUUGUGGCUUCAGCUUUAGGCAUUCCUGCUCUGCUUCCAUUUUUGAAGGCCGUGUGUCAAAGUAAGAAGUCAUGGCAAGCUAGGCACACAGGUAUUAAGAUCGUUCAACAGAUAGCCAUCUUGAUUGGUUGUGCUGUGUUGCCUCAUCUGAGAUCCUUGGUGGAAAUCAUUGAGCAUGGUCUGAAUGAUGAGAAUCAGAAGGUCAGAACUAUUACCGCACUUUCUCUUGCAGCUCUGGCUGAGGCUUCGGCCCCAUAUGGUAUAGAGAGUUUUGAUUCUGUGUUGAAACCCUUGUGGAAAGGUAUUAGGUCACACCGUGGUAAGGUCCUGGCUGCAUUUUUGAAGGCAAUCGGUUUUAUCAUUCCAUUGAUGGAUGCCCUUUAUGCUAGCUACUAUACAAAAGAAGUUAUGUUUAUUUUGAUUCGGGAGUUCCAGUCACCUGAUGAAGAAAUGAAAAAGAUUGUCCUGAAAGUGGUCAAGCAGUGCGUUAGCACUGAGGGUGUGGAGGCUAACUACAUUAGAAGUGAUAUUCUUCCAGAGUUCUUUCGAAACUUCUGGGUUAGAAGAAUGGCAUUGGACAGGAGGAACUACAAGCAGCUUGUGGAGACCACUGUUGAGAUAGCAAAUAAGGUUGGGGUUGCCGAUAUUGUGGGUAGGGUAGUGGAGGAUCUUAAAGAUGAGAGUGAACCCUAUAGGCGUAUGGUUAUGGAGACCAUAGAAAAAGUAGUUACAAACUUGGGGGCAUCUGAUAUUGAUGCUCGCUUGGAAGAGCUUUUAAUUGACGGUAUUCUUUAUGCUUUUCAAGAGCAAACUAGUGAUGAUGCCAAUGUUAUGCUUAAUGGUUUUGGCGCUGUGGUCAAUGCUCUAGGCCAAAGAGUUAAGCCCUAUCUUCCACAAAUUUGUGGUACAAUUAAGUGGCGUUUGAAUAACAAGAGCGCAAAAGUAAGGCAGCAGGCCGCUGAUCUUAUUUCUCGAAUCGCAGUUGUUAUGAAACAGUGUGGAGAGGAGCAGCUAAUGGGUCACUUGGGUGUGGUUUUGUACGAGUACCUCGGUGAGGAAUAUCCUGAGGUGUUGGGUUCUAUUUUGGGAGCACUUAAAGCAAUUGUUAAUGUCAUAGGUAUGACUAAGAUGACUCCACCAAUCAAAGAUCUACUCCCUAGGUUAACUCCUAUUUUGAAGAACAGGCAUGAGAAAGUACAGGAGAAUUGUAUUGAUCUUGUGGGCCGUAUUGCUGACCGUGGUGCUGAAUUUGUACCUGCAAGAGAAUGGAUGAGAAUAUGCUUUGAACUUCUGGAGAUGCUCAAGGCUCACAAAAAGGGCAUUCGACGAGCCACAGUCAACACCUUUGGGUACAUUGCCAAAGCUAUUGGACCUCAAGAUGUCUUGGCUACUCUUCUAAACAAUCUUAAGGUUCAAGAGCGUCAAAACCGUGUUUGUACAACUGUAGCUAUUGCUAUUGUUGCUGAAACUUGUUCACCCUUCACUGUUUUACCUGCACUCAUGAAUGAAUACCGUGUUCCUGAACUUAACGUUCAAAAUGGUGUUCUCAAAUCCCUAUCUUUCCUUUUCGAAUAUAUCGGUGAAAUGGGGAAGGAUUACAUAUAUGCUGUCACCCCGCUUCUCGAGGAUGCUCUUAUGGACCGAGACCUGGUUCACCGGCAGACAGCAGCUUCUGCUGUGAAACACAUGGCUCUAGGAGUUGCAGGUUUAGGCUGUGAAGACGCAUUGGUGCACCUCAUGAAUUACGUGUGGCCCAACAUCUUUGAAACUUCACCCCACGUGAUCAACGCUGUUACAGAAGCAAUUGAUGGGAUGAGAGUAGCUUUGGGUGCUGCUGCCAUACUGAACUAUUGUCUGCAGGGUUUAUUCCACCCAGCAAGAAAAGUGAGGGAAGUGUACUGGAAGAUAUAUAACUCUCUUUAUAUUGGAGCACAAGAUGCACUUGUGGCUGCUUAUCCAACCUUGGAAGAUGAAGGAGAGAAUGUCUAUAGUAGACCUGAGCUGUUGAUGUUUGUGUAAAAUUCUUGUGUUUUUGUUUGUUUUCUGUUAUUUCAAUAGAGUAUUACUCUAGAGCAGUACUGUUGAAUGAUCUACUAACAUUGUUGUAAUUUCAGUUAGAAAGUUCCCUGUUCGAAUUAUCUUCUGUGUUUGUGUUUGUAUUGUUCUUUCCUUUCUCAACAGAUACUUUUGAUGAUCGUAUUGUUGUGAGAGACGCUCUUUUUGAGAGACAAUUUUUAAUUGGAUCGGUCUAUUAUAUAUUUUUAAAAUAUUAU